CGAAACUCACAACAUUAGAUCUUCCCAUCAAUUGCUAAAAAAUGUUUAGUGUGAAGGAGCUAGUGGACUCUGGUUGUCUCAAAACUGUUCCUUCCAGUUAUGCUUACCAAAGUAAGCCUGAUGAUCGCAUAUCUUUUGAUAAAGAAAUAAUCCCCAUCAUUGAUUAUUCCCUUCUCACUUCCGGUUCUCCUGAUCAACGGUCCAAAAUUAUCCAAGACCUCGGCCAUGCUUGUCGUGAUUGGGGAUUUUUCAUGGUGAUCAAUCAUGGAAUACCAGAGAAAGUAAGAGAUGAGAUGAUAAGAUAUAUCGAUGGUUUCUUUAACCUAACCGAAAAGGAAAAACAAGAGUAUGCAGGAAAGGAAUUGUUUGAUCCUAUUAGGUAUAGCACAAGCUUCAAUGUGACAGUAGAUAAGGCAUUAUUGUGGAGAGAUUGUCUUAAAGUCCUUGUUCAUCCUCAUUUUGUCUCUCCUCGAAAGCCUGAUGGUUUCAGUGAAAUUUUGGAGGACUAUUGCAAAAGAACUAGAGAACUGGCAAAUGAAUUGCUUAAAGGCAUUUCAAAAAGCUUAGGUUUAGAAGAAAAUUACAUAAGCAAGAAAAUGAAUGUGGAAAUGGGGACCCAAAUGUUGGUUGCAAAUUUUUACCCACCAUGCCCACAGCCUGAAAUUGCAAUGGGAUUGCCUCCUCAUUCUGAUUAUGGUCUCCUCACUCUCCUCAUACAAAACGAGCUUACAGGCCUUCAAGUCAUGCACAAUGGAAAAUGGGUUCCUAUUAAUCCUUUACCAGAUUCUAUUUUAAUUAACACUGGAGAUCAUAUGGAGAUACUAACGAACGGGAAGUACAAGAGUGUGCUUCAUAGAGCAGUGGUAAACAAUAAAGGAACAAGAAUAUCAGUAGGAACAGCCCACGGCCCGCCGCUUGACGGCAUAGUGACCCCAGCACCAGAGCUGACUCAAGCUUCUGCUGCAUAUCGUGGAAUCACAUUUAGGGACUAUAUUGAGCUUCAACAAACCUCUCAACUUAUUGGAAAAACUUGCUUAGACCAUGUUCGGAUUUGAAUCGAUUCUUAUUAUUAUCUUGUGUUUAUUGUUCUUUCUUUCCCAUGUAUUUGUUGCUUGUCAUAGCUAUAUGUGCAUAGAUAGUUUUUUAUAUGUUAGAAAUUGGUUAUGUGAAUUGUGAAUUUGUUUUCUACUAAAAUUGAGCUCUUCCACAAAUUGGUAUACAAGACUUACAACAGCACAUGUUAUUGCA